CCAUAAUGCACCACUUCAUCUGCACAGGCACAGCAAUGAGAAUCUGGGAAACAGAGCCACAUUGAAACCACAAACCAUUCUGACAUGUACCUCUGCUAAUCAAAGAGGAAGGAAGACUCAAGACAAACCCAAUUCGAUGACAGCUACAAGUCCACCAGCUUCCGUUACUAAUGCAUCCCCAACCACCAUCUGCCUCCAUAGUUUGAGUCUUCUUCUCGCAAUGGAGGGUGCGGUGAAAGGUCAUCUACAAGUCCCGGCGUUUGGGUGUUGGAACCACCACUACUGCGACGACCUCCCCAUCGGCCAGUACUUCGACUCGUCGGAGUUCUUCCGCGGCCGUUUCAAUGUUUCAGUGGCCGGAAGGGCACGUCGCGGAGAGCUCCACAGGGAGGUAACCAUGAAGCACCAGCAAAGUGGAGCUGGGAAGGCUGUGGACGAGGACCUGUACAAAGUCCCUCCGGAGAUCCUCCACCAAAAGCCAAAGAAGAGGUUGCUGAGGAAUCUGUGGGGGUGUAUGAGAGUCAGCAGCAUUGACAUGGACUAGACUAUAGUGUGGGAGUUUGAAGGAGACGUUAAAUUAACUUUUACUGCGUGAGCUAAGGACUUGGAGCUUUGUUGUGCUCUUUUUUGUACUAUUACCGCUGUUGCUUGUUGCUUUGAAUCAAUGGGAUGUAUCUUUGCAUCAAUGACAGCACAGUGAGGAAGAAAUAUCAAGCAAGCUAUGGCGAUCUCUUCCCUUGUCAGCUUUUACUUUCGCUA